AGCUGGGCACCAGAGGCCGCUGUUCCCCCUAGCCGGGCUGCGCUGACCCGGGAAGUGAAGGCAGGGGGCGGCCGGUGUCCUCUGGCCCAUGUGGGCGCUGCCGGGCGGGCGGCAUGGCUGAGGCUCAGCAGAGCAGGAUGCAGGAGGCCAUCGACAGCAUGGUGCAGGGGCUGGAGCGGGAGAACAUCCGGAAGAUGCAGGGUAACAUGUUUCGAUGCAGCGCCGACUGCUGCGAGAAUGACACGGCCUCCAUGCAGCAGGUGCACCAUUGCAUCGAGCGCUGCCACGUGCCCCUGGCCCAGGCCCAGGCUGUCGUCACCAAAGAGCUGGAGAGGUUUCAGGACCGUUUGGCUCGCUGCACAAUGCACUGUAAUGACAAAGCCAAAGAUUCCCUGGAUUCAGGAAGCAAGGAGCAGCAGGUGAAACAACAGCUGGAGAGCUGCGUGACAAAGUGCGUGGACGAUCACAUGCAUCUCAUCCCCAGCAUGACCAAGAAAAUGAAGGAGACUCUGGCAGCCAUUGCACAAUAAAACUGUGUCUGUUUGAGGAGAGAGAGGGAGACGUGUAGUUCCUAUUAAAAGAGAGACAUGCACACGGAGAUUCGUGUUGGAAAUUAAGGAAUGAAAAUGCAUGAUAAGGGUGAUUUUGUAUUUUCCAAGUAUUGCAGUGGUCCAUUCAAGAGCUGGUUUGGUUUAAGGGCUUGGUGUUCUGGGGCUGAUUUGAGCGCCACCAGUUGUGGAGAGGACAGACUAGUGACUUUGCCCCAGUCUUCAAAGGAUUAAUGGUUAGUGUAUGUACAGACCGUGCUGAUAAUAGCAGUGUCCUCCAUUGACCUUGAUGUCCCUCGUGAAUGUAGAGCUGCUGGAAGGCACCAGUUUAACAGGCCUGAAGCCUGAAGGGGCUAUAUCCCUAAGAAAGUAUAACAGCAAUGUAAGCUUCCCCAGUGCUGCCUAACCAAUAUGCCUCAAUAGUGCCCUGCAGGAGUUAAGGGCCAGAUUCUCAGCAGAUGUAAAUCAGUGUAGCUCCGUUCGUGUCAGUGGAGCUGUGCCAGUGUAAACCCACUGAGGAUCUGGUUCAAAAAGUCCAGUCUCCAUGUCCUGUUCAUGGUGGUGAUGUGAGGGAUUAGGAGGAUUUGAAGUGAAACUAUCACCGGGUUGGGUUUGAACUGAUGCCCUAGAGUUCAAAGGUCCAGUGUCCCUCCCUCAGUUGUUCUCCAGGCUGUUGUGAACAGGGGGAUAGGAUUUUCUCCUUCUCAGCUGCUCUCACAUCUGAAGAACUUAUUGUCUAGCACUGACAGGUUCCCCUUCUCCCUCUAGUGCAGGUGCCUUUUGCUCUUGGAAGGAACAGUUGAAUAGGGAGUGUAUGCAAUAUAUUAGAUAAUCAGUCUGUUUCUCUUACAAUGCUUCUUCCUCCAGGAGACAAGAAGUAGUCAGGGAGAAUAUUUUUGCAUUGGUAGGUCAAUUCUGUGCAGUUGAAACAUCUUCGGCCUCUGCUGCCACUCACACUCGUAUAAAUCAGGAGUAAUUCCACUGAAAUAAAUGGAGAUAUGUCCGUGUGUAAACCCAGUGUGACUGAGUGGAGAAUCAGCCCCUUGACUUCCUCUGAUCUCAUCAGGCCACCAAUCCUGCAGUGUCUGAUUCUACUAAGAGAGCAAAGUCAUCCAGCGCUAGUGAGUCACGAGAAGUAGCAUGGUGUGUUGGAAAGGAAUGGCCAAUGCCACUUAGUGAUCCACUCCUGCUG